GUUACUAUGCUAAGAGAAGCAGAACUAAACAAGCUAACAUUAGCUGUUAGGUAGCGCUAAUUAGCGUCUAGGCUAAUAUCGAAUGAAGCACAUCAUUAGGAGAAUUCACUUGCUCAAACUAUCACAAGCAACUCACAGCAGUCAAUGCCAAACACACAAUGGUAAAACACAACAUUACUGCCAACUUACAGACUGUGUUGGCUUAAGAGGCAGCGUAGGCAGGCACGGGAGUAGCUAACUGCCCUUCUCUCCUUAGACACAAAGCAGCGUCAGAAUCUGCAGAAUAAAGGGAGGAGACGCAGCAGAUGCUUUCAGACCUGAAUCAGCACUCCAGCUGACACUGAGCAGAGUCAACUUCCUCCAUCAUCAUCUUCAUGAUCACCGUGAAGAUGCUUGCUGUGUCACUUACACUCUGCACUGUCCUGGCGAUAAGCCAAGCCGCUCCGAUCAACUCCACCGUGUCCUGGGAUAAAGGCCACUGUUACUAUGAAAGAAUGAAUUGCUCAAACCGCAUUGGAUCAUUCUGCCCUAUGUGUGAUGGCGAUGGAAACUUCCUUCCAAGGCAGUGCUGGGGGUCUACCGGGUACUGUUGGUGCGUUGACAUCAUGAGUGGAAAGAAGAUACCGAAUACAACAACACCACCUGGUACCCCACCUGUUAACUGCAUGAUGGGGGACUCAGACUGCCCCGACGGCUGGUCUCGAUUUGGUGACCGGUGUUUCAACUAUAUCAGCACCCCAAAGACAUGGACUGAAGCUCAGAUUUUUUGUCAGUUCGAUGGCGGCAACCUGGCAUCCAUUCACAGUUAUGAGGAAAACCACUUUGUCCAGUCUUUGACCAGAGGGGACACCGACAACUUCCCAGAAACCUGGGCUGGAGCCACUAGCGCCGUCCAUCCUGGUUUUUGGAUGUGGAUUGAUGGCUCCAAGUUUUACUAUGAAGACUGGUGCGAUGAUGACGAUCAUGAUGAUACGAGUGAAGAAGACAGCCAUGACAAUACAACUGAAGAAGACAGUCAUGGCAAAAUUAGUAAGAAAGACAGCCAUGAUGAUACAAGUGAAGAAGACAGCCAUGGUAAAUCCAGGAAGAAGCGCAGCCAUGAUGAUACAAGUGAGCAGGACAGCCAUGACGAUACAAGUGAAGAAGACAGCCAUGAUGAUACAAGUGAGGAAGACAGCCAUGGUAAAUCCAGGAAGAAGCACAGCCAUGGCAAAUCCAGUAAGAAGGACAGUCAUGACGAUACAAGUGAGGAAGACAGCCAUGAUGAUACAAGUGAGGAAGACAGCCAUGGUAAAUCCAGGAAGAAGCACAGCCAUGGCAAAUCCAGUAAGAAGGACAGUCAUGACGAUACAAGUGAGGAAGACAGCCAUGAUGAUACAAGUGAGGAAGACAGCCAUGAUGAUACAAGUGAAGAAGACAGACAUGGUAAAUCCAGGAAGAAGCACAGCCACGGCAAAUCCAGUAAGAAGGACAGUCAUGACGAUACAAGUGAGGAAGACAGCCAUGAUGAUACAAGUGAGGAAGACAGCCAUGAUGAUACAAGUGAAGAAGACAGACAUGGUAAAUCCAGGAAGAAGCACAGCCAUGGCAAAUCCAGUAAGAAGGACAGUCAUGACGAUACAAGUGAGGAAGACAGCCAUGGUAAAUCCAGUAAGAAGGACAGCCAUGACGAUACAAGUGAGGAAGACAGUCAUGACGAUACAAGUGAGCAGGACAGUGAAGAUGACGAUGAUGACGACCAUGACACCAAGAAGACAGCUAGCAUCUGCUUGAAGAUAAAUUGCCAUUAUAAUAUGAAGUGGUGCAGUGCAACCUGCAAUGACGCCUUCCCCUUUGUUUGUUCGAAAAGGAUCUGAACUCGGACCAGGUGAUGAAAAAACCAAGAGUCUUGACUAUACGCACUACACGCGACAGCCCCACAAAAUUUGUUUCUUACUGUCUUUGGUUUUGUUUUAAGUUUUUAAAUGCAAUCAAUAGGUAUUAAACACAUCUUUUAGGGGUAAUUUUUGUUGUUCAACUAGUUGUUUACUGAAUUUGGUUCAGUUCUAGAUAUAAAUCCAAAUCAUUUGUGCAUGUGAACUUGGAUCGUAUUCUUCAUAAUCUAUUUUUGUAUAAUCAAGCAUGCUUCAAUUAAUGUAAUUAUAUUAAAAAAAUAAAAUAAAAAC